AUGCUUCCUCUGUACUACCUCCUCCCCCUCGCCGCGGCGGCGGCCGUCUCACCGCCCGUCUACCCCUCUCCUCGAGGGGAGGGCAGAGGUUCCUGGGCAAGCGCGUACGCUCGAGCCCGCGCGUUGGUGGCGCAGAUGACGCUGGAGGAAAAGGUCAACAUCACGAGGGGGUACGCCGGGGACAACACGUGCGCGGGUAACACGGGGUCUGUGCCGCGCCUCAACUGGCGGGGGUUGUGCCUGAUGGACGCGGGCAACGGCGUGCGGGCGACGGACAUGGUGAGCGCGUGGGCGUCGGGGCUGCACGUCGGGGCGGGCUGGGAUGGGGGGCUGGCGUACGAGAGGGGCCUGUGGAUGGGCAGGGAGUUUAGGAUGAAGGGAGUCAACGUCGCGCUGGGUCCCAGUGCUGGUCCUCUGGGCAGAACACCCCUCGGCGGCAGGUACUGGGAAGGCUUCUCGGUCGAUCCGUAUCUUUCAGGACGUCUGAACGCAGAGACCAUUUCCGGCAUGCAAGAUGCUGGCGUCAUGGCUAAUCUCAAGCACUUUAUCGCCAACGAGCAAGAAACAUACCGUCGGCCGUACUUUGGCGUCGAGGCGGCCUCGUCCAACGUCGACGACAAGACCCUCCACGAAUACUACCUCUGGCCAUUCAUGGACGGCGUCCGGGCCGGCGCCGCCUCCGUCAUGUGCUCGUACAACAGGGUCAACAACACGUACGCCUGCGAGAACAGCAAGCUCCUCAACGGCGUGCUCAAAGGCGAGCUGGGCUUUGAGGGAUUCGUCCUGCUGGACUGGAACGCGCAGCACGACUUGAACAGCGCGAACGCGGGCCUGGACAUGGUCAUGCCGCUGGGGGGUUCGUGGGGGCAGAACCUGACGGAGGGGGUGAGGAACGGAACCGUUGCCGAGGACAGGGUCACCGACAUGGCUACGAGGAUCCUCGCAGCGUGGUAUCUGGUCGGCCAGGACCACGACUUCCCGCCCCCCGGGAUCGGCAUGAAGAAGUUGACGGAGCCGCACGAGCCCGUGGACGCGCGAGACGCCAGGUCCAAGCCCGUGCUGGUGCAGGGCGCGAUAUCCGGCCACGUGCUCGUCAAGAACCGGGACAGGGCGCUGCCGCUCAAGCGGCUCAAGAUGAUAUCCGUGUACGGAUACGACGCCGCGGUCCCAGAGGCCAAGAACACGGACGCGCUGUUCCAGCUGGGGUACAUGUCGUCCAAGGAAAUGGGGCAGGCUGUGCUCGGCAAGGAGUACCACUUUGACCAGGCCGCCCGGGGGGGGACCAUUGUGUCUGGCGGACGGGCAGGCUCCAACGCUCCGGCGUACAUAAGCGAUCCCCUCAGUGCCAUUCAGCAACGAGCGGAAAAGGACGACACGUGGGUUAACUGGGACGUCGGGUCGUCGGACCCCGACGUCAACGGCGCCUCGCAAGCCUGCCUCGUCUUCAUCAACGCCAUGGCCACCGAGGGCUGGGACCGCGCCGGCCUCCGCGACAGCUUCAGCGACGGGCUCGUCGUCAACGUGGCGUCCAAGUGCGCCAACACCGUGGUCGUGGUGCACGCGGCGGGCGCGCGCCUCGUCGACGCGUGGAUCGAGCACCCCAACGUCACGGCGGCCGUCCUGGCGCACCUGCCGGGCCAGGAGAGCGGGCGCGCCCUGGCCAGCCUGCUCUGGGGCGAGAGCAACUUCUCGGGCAAGCUGCCCUACACGCUGGCCCGGAACGAGUCCGACUACCCGGUGUACGAGCCGUGCGGGCGGGGCCGGGACAACACGACGAGCCCGCAGUGCGACUACGCCGAGGGGGUGUACCUGGACUACCGGGCCUUUGACGCGCGCAACGUGACGCCGCGGUACGAGUUUGGCUACGGCCUGAGCUACACGACGUUUGCGUAUGGGGAUCUGUCGGUGCGGACCGAGGCGCCUCGGGGGCUGCUGCUGCGCGCGGGGCCGAGCGGCAGCCGAAGCCGAAGCCGCAGCGGCAGCCGUCACGGCGUGGGAGCGGACAACAGCGACGACGACGACGACGACGACGACGACGACGACGACGACCUGUGGCGCGUGGCGGCCACGGUGCAGGCCGUCGUGGUCAACGCCGGCGACGUGGCCGGCGACGAGGUCGCGCAGCUGUACGUGGGCAUCCCCAACGGCCCGCCGCGGCAGCUGCGCGGGUUCCAAAAGGUGCGCCUGGCCCCGGGGCAGGCGGCGCGGGUGCGCUUCGCCCUGACGCGGAGGGACCUGAGCGAGUGGCACGUCGGGCUGCAGGCGUGGGUGGUGCAGCGGGGCGAGUACGGCGUGUUUGUCGGGGCGAGCAGUCGGGAUAUCCGGCUGGAGGGGGUCAUUGUCGUCGAGUAG